UGCCUGCUGCAUCUCGUUGCCGCACUCAAUGCCGGCUUUAACGCCCGCGCCUUCUUCGUUGCUUCCAGGUCUUCGAGUCCAUGGCAGCCUACGCCAUCAUGACCAGAACGCGACUUAUAGUAUCGUUGUGCAACAGCAUGACUGCAGUUUCCGGUAGUCAAGGCUAUGCUGAAUGGAGCACCGCGUCGCGCUGUAACGACCGGUUGUCGUGCAGAGCAAGCCACAUGUUUCUUUUUUCCGCAGUACGUCGAGCACUCGGGCAUUUACAAGGAUCCAAGGGGAUUGCAAAACCGCCACGGUUGGGCAAAGAGGCUGUGCCAGAGCACUGGAGGCGUCAGAGAGUGGGUCGAGGGCGACAUUGCAAGGGUCUUGGUGGUGUGGUGGAAAGUGACGCUGCGCAUUGUCUGGUCCAGAAGACUCGGCUAUGUUGCUUUCGACCCCGCAAACUCGAUGCAGGGGCGCCGUUUGGGAAAGAACGCUUUGCCGCAUGACUUGUUAAGUGCAAUCCGGUGUCCAAAAGUGGUGAUUUGCUCAAACUCGAACAGGGAAAUACGCCCAGAGCUCGCUAGGCCACAAAGAGUCACAACUGAAGGCAGUCGUGUUGAGGUGAAUUAUCGUAUUGUACCGAUGCUUCUAGCUGUGAGAGGGGUCGAAAUACGCAGUGCUCAUAAAUGACACACGGGAGAUGAUAUAGAUGUCCACAGUGACCGCAAAAAGAAAACACCACGCCACGCCGGUAUCCACGUGAAGACGUACAAUCGUCUGAUCAGAACAGCAGCCGCCUGGCUCCCAACAUAGAGUUCCCACAUGCAUAUCGUCCCCUCUGUCUAGCACAUCGCAAA